AUUUAAUAAAAAGAAAAAAAGAAAAAAAAAGGGAGGAGGAAUGGGGAUUACAAAAACCGUCGACGGCGAGUUGUCGGCCAGUAAGAUGCGGCGGAGAGGUCCGUCAACGAUGGAAUUUCUUGACGCCGAUAUCCUCUGUACCAUCUUCUCCUUUCUCCAUCUCUUCGACCUCGUUCACUGUUCUGUCGUCUGCAGAUCCUGGAAUACCGUCAUCAAGAGACUAAAGCUGCUCCAAGCAUCCUGUCUCAAGAUGCAGCAGCUUGUUUCCGGCACUUCGACAUCUUUGGACCCUUCAGCUGAAAUAGACUUGGAGGAUUUUGCUAUGAACCAUCACAGGACAUCGUUGAUAAGGGGUCGAAUCCAUAUUGAUCGCUGGAAAGGACAUUCAGACAGGGUUUCUCAGUGUCGAAUGAAGAAGGGAUUGGUUCUUACAGGUGUCGGAGAUAAGGUUAUACGCCUCUGGUCAUUAAACAACUACCGCUGCAUGGAAGAAUAUUCUCUUCCUGGUGCUAGUUCGUUGGUUGACUUUGAUUUUGACGAGAGUAAGAUCGUUGGCUUGGUUGGUACCCGCAUAAGCAUAUGGAGACGAAAUGGACAGAAUAGCAUUUUCCCAUCUCGUGAAGGCUUGUUUCCCAAGGGCCUGUGCAUGCGUUAUGGUGACCCAGAAGCUGUUGUUGGAUGUGAGGAUGGGACAGCUCGUGUAUUUGAUAUGUACAGUAAGACUUGUUCACGGAUCAUUAGGACUCAUUCUGGUCCUUUAAUGUGCUUAUCUUUGAGCGAUGACCAAUUAAUUCUUAGUGGCUCAUCUCUCGGCAGAGUUACAGUAUCUGAUCCCUUGGCAGAUCAGCCAGUAGCUACUCUAAAGUCGAUGAUUUCAACAGGAGGUAUAAAGACCCUAUGUUUCAAUCCUUGCUCUUAUAUGGCCUUUACCGGAACCACUGCUGGAUAUGUUUCGUGCUGGGACCUUAGGAAAAUGGGACAGCUGUGGGAAAGACGAGUGUCUCCAAACGUUGUGUACUCUAUAGAACAUCUAAAGAAGGAUACUUCGGUUCUAGUAGCUGGUGGAAUAGAUGGUGUGUUGCGAGUGAUGGAUCAGGAGACAGGAGGAGUUCUUUUGAGCUGUGUAAUGGAUGAUAAGGGCACAAGGAGUAUGCCGGGUGACGGACAAGUGGUGCUCGAGAAACGGAGAGGAAGAAGACUCUCAGAAGAUGUUCAGAUAGAUAAGGUGGACAGGAACGCGCGGCCUCCCGUCACUUGCUUAGCGGUUGGGAUGAAGAAAGUGGUAACCACUCACAACGACAAGUACAUCAGCUUGUGGAAAUUCAAUGUGUUUCCGUAGUUUAGGAAAGCUUUGAUGUAGCAUUCAGAUUGAGUUGCAGUGGGGGAGUGAGUUGUUGUCAAAUGCUGCUGUGGUCAUUCUAGUUUAGGAGUGAUUGGUCCGUUGUGGUCAAUCCAUGGUCAGAUGAAUUUGUAAGAAUCCCAUAUGGUCGGAAUCGUAUUGUACAUCCUAUUUGGAACU